UUGACAUGAGCCUAUCUGAGCCUGACAGGACAGUCACACACACAUAAGAACAUGACUCCCCACCACCUGUUCCUGAUGAACUCCUUUAUCUGUUUCAGACAGAUUUGAAGUUGAUAAAACGCCACAUGAAACUCCUGUAAAUGUGCCAGCACCAUCUCAAGCACCUCCAAUAUUACAAAAGCCUAGUACAAAUAAUAAUAGUGCAAAAAAAACAAAGACAUCAAAACCAUGACAGUUUGUUCCAAGUGAUGUACCUACUGUAGAACAAUUUGUCAAGGAUUAGGAAAAACAAGGCACUGCCAAAAAGAAAUGUAAGCGAUAUGCGAAAAAAGCAAAAUGAGGAUGUUAAAUUUGAUGUCUGCCUUUUUGUGCUUCUUUGUUACAUUUGUUUGUUUUUAUAGUGAUUAAGAUGAUAACACAAUGUUGACUGCUGUACCCCUAUUUUUGACAUGUUUAACUAUUGUGUCUGUUUGUUUUGUUCACGCAUCGUUGUCAAUAUAAUGGAAUUUGAUGCGACUGUCAUACAAGUGAGAGGUAAAGCUAGCUAUAAAACCAGAUUCAAUCCACCAUUUUCUACAUAAGAAAAUGCAUGUACCAAGUCAGGAAUAUGACAGUUGUUACCCAUUCGUUUGAUGUGUUUGAGCUUUUGAUUUUGCCAUUUGAUUAGGGACUUUCCAUUUUGAAUUUUCCACGGAGUUCAGUACAUUUGUGAUUUGACUUUUUACACAGUUCCUGCAACAGAAAAAUGAAAAAAGGGAGAAAUUCAUGAAAUUCCACCUGAAGAAUUAAACAGUUUUUUAUGUCAGUAGUUUUUCUCUGUGAGAAAAACUGAUGGAGAAGAGUAUGAACAAAGGCAACAGUAGUAUACCGCUGUUCGAAACUCAUAAAUCGAUAGAGAUAAAAACAAAUCCAGGUUACAAACUAAAACUGAGGGAAACGCAUCAAAUAUAAGAGGAGAACAACGACACAACAAAAACACAUUAUUAAAAUGUAACACACACAUGUACAGAAACGAACUAUAAUAUAACAAUGGCCAUUUUCCUGACUUGGUACAGGACAUUUUAAGAAAAAAAAUGGUGGGUUAAACCUGGUUUUGUGGCAUGCCAAACCUCCCGCUUUUAUGGCAACGUCAAACACAACACCAAAACGACAACAUCACAAGACAGGACCACAAUACAAAUAAAUGGGAGAACAUAUAGGACAAAGAAACACACGAAUAAUAGCUAACAAAAGGUGCUAGGCUUACAAUUCAAUACGCCAGACGUGUGUAUUGUCCACACAAGACCAACCAGUGACGCUCAGAGGAAAAAAGUUUGAAGGCCAAAACAAGUACAAAGCUGAAGAGCACCGAGGACCAAAACUUCCAAAAAGUUGCGCCUAACACGGACAGAGUUUCUGCCUGGGACAAGAACAUCCUUAUUAUUUAGAAUAAUUUAUAAUUUUGCAAACAGUAAAUUUUAUAAAAUGACUAUUUAAUAGAUAUACAUGAUAAAACCGAAGUGGGGACUAACUACAGAAUAAAAACGGAUACAUUACAUAAAACAACUUAAUCCAACACAUAAAAAUACACAGCCGAGUUAGCAAAAGCCUCAACGCAAAAAGUGACGUCACAUUUGAAAUUCUAAAAAAACACACAAAGUGACGUCAUAUUUGAAUUUGUAAAAAUAUUACCCAAAAAUAAGAUAGGAUUAGGAUUGAUUCAAGAUUAGAUUUGCAAUACUGACAUUACAUUUAUUAAUAACAUUGAUAUGAAAAUUACAAUACUUAUUAAUAUCAAAUUGUGGUAUUAAUUAGAUAAUUAAUUGUAUUAUCUAGCUAUGUCGGUGUUUCUUCUGAAUCAAACUGUAAACCAAAUAUAUCGUAUAAAUUUCGUUGAACCAAACUAAAAUCUUAUAAAUGAAGGGGGUGAUUAAUUAUCUUUACCAUAACACACGAAUAUAACAGAAAAGACGUUAAGACAUUUGACAAAAUCCGACGAGAAUAACAAGUAUAACAUCAAAAUUGAAUACAAGAAUAUGGGAUAGAAAAGUACCGUGACACGUCUUAUAGCAAUGCGGUUUCACACUCAGGAAAACAGUCACAAUCGGGAAUAAGUCACGUUCGGUAAUUAAAAGAUCAGACGACGUAAUAACAAACCACAAUCUAACACGUGGUAAAAAUGUCCUUAGUUAGUGUGGACAAAGACACAUUGUAUGGAUCAACCAAUUCGUGAUGGUGUCCGUAAAAUUUACGGAGUGUCAUUUUUAAUCUGUCCUCCUCAUAACUUUGUUGGAGCAGUUUCUGCGUAAGGAGCACAUUUAAUCUACGUGGUAUGAUGUGUACCUUUGACAGAAUACUGAGGAGCAAUGAUUAUGGCUAUGAAAUAAGCAAAAGCGUAGAACUUGCUACAACCAGAGAUGUUCUAAAGGCAAAACAGAUAGAGCUAAAAGCAUGGGUAAAGGAUAUGAUGAAAAAGAGCUGAAACACUCACUGAUGAGAAUAUUGAAUCAUUGUUUGAAACUGGGCAGCUGGGCUUAUCCAAUCCUACAACUUUUUUGCACAAUCUUGAGGUUUUUUAACACAAUAUAUUUUGACCUACGUGGUGUAACUGAACAUUAUCAGAUAACAUGGGGGGAUGUCCAACUAUGUAAAGACUCAAAAAGACAGGAGUACUUGCAAAUGAAUGAGAGAAACACCAAAACAAGGACAGGAGCAAAUCUAAAGAACACAAGAGAAAUUCCUCAGAGGGCCUGUUCCAAUGCAACUGAUCAAAAUGUCCUGUAGAGGCAUCAAACUUUACAACUCAAAAAGACCUUCAAAAUAUAGUAAGCCUGAAGAUCCAUUUUACAUUCAGGAGAAUACCAACCCUGACAAGUCCAUCCUUCGGUUUAAGGCACAAAGAGUUGGUGUCGGCUUUGAAUACAGAAAUGGGAAGAAGGUGAUAUGUUACUUUUCUGCUGGAACGAAAGAAGAUUGGCGGAAAGAUGCCGAUCAGUUCCCAUCCGAUGGACUUGGGGUUCCCAAUAAGCACUCGCCAGGCGAGACGUGGGUGGACAUCACAAAUAUUCAAGUUAAGCGUAUAAUGCGCAAUCGGACUGCAAUUGCAAAAUCCCGCCAUUGUGAUGGUGUAGUUCCGACAAAUGUUGAUGGAGCAUCAGGGAAUCAAGCAGGAUUCUAUUUCACAGCAGAUAAUCAAUUGGACUAUAACAGAUAUUUAGUGACAGAGGCACAUGGAAAUGAUUUAGCUAUAGGACUGAUGAACGAUGUAUUACAACUUAAUGAACUGGUAGGCGACUUUGACUUCGCCAUAAACGUAUCAUGUAUGGAUUAUCACGAGUGUCACGAGUACAAACCUUUUUUUUAUGCUAGAAAGCCGGUGUUUCACAUCCAAUAUGUGAGUUCUAUCACAGAAGGUUACCAGAUGCAACGAGAGAUAUGCUCAUCGCUAGAACGACCUCGUUACAUGAAUACUAUAAUCAAGCAUAAGAUGGUAAACUGGAAACUUGAUUGUUGAUUUUUUUUCUCCAGUAAAGAACAUUAUCGUGAUCAAAUGAUAUUGUUCGCUGUUAUUUGAAGAAAACUGUUUAAUACUGCAUAUGUGUCAUCGUGAUAUGUUUUUGGCCUAGAUUACUGCAUGAUGGUUAACUAGAUAUGAGUGUACGUAGUUAACUACUCCACAGAUUUUUUUUUUAAUUUCACAUAUGGAUUCUGCUUGUAAAAAUACACCAGAAAAAAAAAUAAAAAAAGGGGGUAACCGUUUUCGUUUUUGAGAUACGAGCUGUUGAAAUUAACAGCAUGAUACGGCGAAAAUACAAAAGACACAUAGGGAAAAUCAUAAAACUAUGGUUUUUCAAAAAUUAUUGUGGGGUCAAUUCUGGUUUGAUUGUAAUCAAUUUGGUCACUUGUUUAUUUGUUUAUUUGGUUAUUAUUUUGUUGUAAGGCGUUUUUACUUUCUGUUGAUAUAAAAAUGAGUCGUAUUGUGUACCCUCUCCUGCGUGUCUAAAAACUGUGGUAAUAGAGUCAGGCUAACUAACAAUAGGA